AUGACCCAAUAUCUGGCAACCCUGCCAAAUAAACAUUCUGUUGAAUACAGCGUUGACGUAAACGUUUGAAGUUUGAACAGUUUGAAUUUGGACGAUGGGAUAGAUGGGGUUAGGAGAAAUCGCGUAUAGUUUUCUGUCAAUAUUUUUUAGCACCAGUCAUAAUCCAAAUGAUUUGAUACAAUUUUGUGUGAUAUUCGUUAGCAAUUUUAGCAGAAUGGUAGAAAACGAGACAAGGGCAACAUGCUUGAAAUACAUAAAGGCUCUUAAGUCAAAAGGCACAAACUUAGUACAGUUUGACAUAGGUCUUACCACAUUACAAGAUGAAGCUGCCUCAAGGGGAUUAGAUGACGAUAUUUUCAAGCAGCUCUUAAAUGUUAUUAUACAUACAGAUUUAGGUGCAAUUAAACGGGUGUCGUUGAUAAAAUGUCUGAUUCCAAAAUAUAAACUAUCUGAGGAAAUAGUGAAAACUAUGAUCACUUGGUGUUUUUCUUCAUUAAAUGAUUUGCCAUUUACUGUUGGUGUAAUUGUUAUACAAUGGAUCAUAGGUAACUUAAUUCUUAAUCUAAGAUCUGCACGUUAUAUAGCACGUCUUAUUUACGUGCUGACAAAACCUGAAGAUGUUUCACGCAGAGAUGUCACAAGAUUAUUAACACUUCAGAAAAGUUACUCUAAACCUCCAACACAUAUUAUUGCAUUACUUUCCUUAUUUAAAUCAUAUAAACCAGAAUUAGUACCUGAGAAAAUAGAAUCAGUGAAUAUAGAAAGUGUAUGGAAACCUAUUCCUGAAGUUAUACGAUUAGCAUUGGAAGAUGCCAGAGAUCGUGCGGAAAUUCAACAGUCUUGUCAAAGCAUUCAACCUUUUUUUAAGUGGAAUGUAAUGCAGGAUUUAAAAGUUAAAAAAAGAACAAAGGCGCUUCUACCAUCUGUUGGUUAUUUUCAUAUGGGUUCAAGUAUUUUUAAAGAUAAAGAUGCAAAAUCAAUUUUUGAUAUAAAUAGCAUAGAAGAGUUAGGAAAGUAUCAUCAGAAUGUUGAAUUGCCUUGCAAUGCUGUUUCGCUUUUGGCAAAUAUGAUUGGUUAUCAUCUUCUUACAUACGCGGACUUUCAGUAUCAAAGUAGAUUUUCGUACAAUCUUUACAAUACACUUACGAGAGCAUUUAUACUGGAAAAUGGAAAGUUUUCCAAAGAAGAAAUGGAUAAAUUUUUAACUAUGACAAUCGAAUUUUCUCGAUACAUGCAGGAAGGAAUACUUAUAGUUAAAUUGUUCUUUGAUGAAUAUUUAUAUUACAAUUCAGGAGAGCAUUUGUCAAGGUUACUAGAUUUGUUGCAAUGGAUGACUUCUAUAUCAGUAACUGAGUUACGAGAAAACAUUCUAAUACAUGUACAGAAUAUAUUUUAUGAAUCAAGUUUAAAUAUGAAAUGUGAAAUAAUUAGAUCUGUACAGAAACUAAUUACGAACUUUUUCGUAAGACAAGAACUUGAAGAACAGGAUCAAUAUGCAUCAUCCUUUUUGCAACAAGGUCGAUUAGAGGAUUUAGCAGAGAUCGUACCUGUGAUUACAACAAUAUUAGAAAAUCUUAUUGUUUGUGGAUUGAACAUACACAAUUACAAUGUCAUAUUGUUAUCAGAAUGUUUAGCAUUUUAUGAAGAGAUCUGUACAUUAGAAAGCCGUAGUCAUGUAUUAUCUUGGACAUUGCCGCCACCAGCAGUCAUCUAUGGAGCAUUUAUUACGAAGAGUUGUGCUAUCUUGUCGAGAAUUUGUAGAUUGCUAUUGAGAUAUCGCGAAAUGAGUCCACAUUUACGCCAGAUUAUGCCAUCAGAUAUAUACGAAGAAAAAAUUCGUAUUAUAUCUAUUUAUGCAAAUGAUAUUUAUAAAGCAUUAUGGUGUGAUGAGCCUUUUAGUGAGAAUGGUAACCUUUUGAAAAAUUUUUCAAAAAAAGUACGCAGCGAUUUAAGAGAUUGUGAUCUGGAGACUUUAUUGAAUAUUAGCAAUCAUUAUGCUAUAUUAGCCUACAGAUGCACAUUAAGUAAAAGAGGCUUAAAAAUAAAUACAAAAGAGGAUGCUAAGACUAUGGCUUUUUAUUAUUUCCCGAUAGUAAAUGAAUUUCUCGCUGCAUUUAAUGAAUGACUGUUUCAAAUUAAAAAAAAUACAUAUUUUUUAUAUAUAUUUCUUAAUGUAUAUUUAUAUCUAUUGAAUAAACUGAAAAUUGUACAAAUUCACACCAAAAUAUUAAGCGCUGAAAAUUUGCUUCGAUAAGAAAUCGUUUUUUAACUGUGUGAGUAAAAUUAGUUUUUGUAUAAUUAUCUAUUUAAUCAUGGUUAUGUAGUUAUCCGUAAUACAAGAUUUUUAUACGAAAUAAAUGAGUUCAAAAUGAAUUAAAUAAUAAUAAAUGAUGAUACUCGGAAAGAAAUCGAACAAUAAAAGAAGAAUUAUGCUGAAAAUUCUAUCUAUAAAAAUGGAAAUCUUUUACAUAAAGAUUAUUCGUUGCACAAUAUCGAUCAAAUCUAUUGUCAACUACAAACUAAUAAUACUGCUUGC